AUGCUUGCGGUUCUGGCUACUUUAAUGGCUUAUCUACAAGUUGGGAUGAAUGUUAAGGCACAAGUAGUGACCGGUUUGGGUGGUAGUUUACUGGGUGCUGUUUACGCACUAUCUUAUCUCUAUCGUAAUCGACCAAUCAUUGGCUCUUUACUAUCUGUAAUCGUGUUAGCUAUGAUUUGGUUUAUCUAUGGAGCAGUAGAAAGAGUCUUUAGUUAUAACUUAGUGGAUACAAUUAUCUUUAUGUUGGCUACUAAUGCCAGACCUUUGAAAAGUAUUACAGCUUAUGCUGAGAGUGUAAGAACAAAUUCACCCAAUCGCGCCAAGCAAGAGAUGGGCAAAAACAUGCCAGCGAUAAGAUCAAGUUAUUGGCGAGUCGUAGAUAAACUAUCCUUUGAACAGUCUUUAGAAGAAAUGAUCUGUCGGAUGAUUCUUAUGGCCGGUUUAGUCUUACUAGGCCAGAGUUGCGGACUCGGCUUUGAUACUCCCUGGUUCAGACCUGUCAUGAGCUGGACAACUCUAAGCCUACUUAUUGGCAAAGUUUCUUUAUUCGUACUGUUCUCCUAUGGAUGUAGAUGGAUUGAAUCUGAACUUACAGGUGGUCACAGACCCGGAGCUAUGAAUCGAGAUAUGACGCAAUUCUGGCAAAAAUUACUAUAUAUGGUAAUAAUAAGCAAGAUGGCCUGUAAAACUAUAAAAUAG